UCCAACUUGCUGAAUAUUGUUAUAAUCAUCUUCAAGUGAUGCGUUUUGGAGACUUUCAAUGUUUAUUUUUAUUUACCUGAUUUGACAUUUCUUCAUUUAUUUUGAUGUUAGAAUUUUAUCAAAUGUAUUUUUUAAAUAGGAAUUUUAAUUUUAUUGCAAUUGUUGGAGUGUUUGAUAAUGGAAACUAUUCGUAUAAAUAUUGUUGAUAUUGUGGAUCGAUGAGGUGAAAAGGUGAGAGUAGCAAAAGUCCAAAACCACGAGGAAUUUCAAUAACCAAAGUUUUCAUUGUACAACAGACAAGGCAAAGUGAACCUCCCUCCACGAAGGUAGCCUCCAGAAAUUUUGAAUAUGCUACUACAAGCAAAUACUUCAAUGGCACGUCAUUUUUGGAACAGGUCUAAGGCUAUAAUGAGGUAUUUGCAUUAACUUCUGUUUCAGAUAAAUUGGACAAUCUAUAAAUGAUGGACGAGAAGUAUACGUUUAUUCGAUUGGAGGUGAAGUAUAUCAUUGAGUUAGUAGCCUAAAACCUAUUGAAGAGAAGAUACCAAAUUUUCUCAACUCUACAUAUAUGACAAUACAUUAAACUCUAAAACCGGUUAGAUUAUUCCUUCAUAGAUCCAAUUUCAAAUCCUUUUGCAUGAUUCAGCUAUUCAACAAUUGCAGGAGAUGUUAGCUUCAAGUAAUAUCUUAGUAAAAACAUUUUGAUCUACAAUGGAUAGAUAAAAUGACAUUAUUGUUCAGCUUGAUGAAACUAGGUUGCUUGCUAAAAUAGAAGGGGAUGGUAGAAAAUAUGAUUUGUCAUAUGCAAAUGAGAUUGUUGCUUUAAUUGUUGACGAUAGUAGGGAACAAAUAUUUUCUCCCGAUAUCGUUGUCCACUAUCAAAUUCAUGAACUGGAACAAAUUCGUAUAUACUAUAUAUCACCUAAUUUUAAUGGCUUUGGAAUAUCUUAUAUUCCCACAUGAUGAGAAUGGUUGACACUCAAAUAUUCCAUGUUUUGACAUUGGGGAUGCAAAUGGGCUCAACAAUAAGAUUGUGAGUCAAUGUGAAUUUUACAAUUAUAUACUUCAAACAAGACUCAAAAUAUCAUACUCAUUGUUGUUGUGUGGAAAGUUGUAACAACAUUGCUACCAAGGUUUUUUUAGAUUCUUACUUGAGAGGUGAGUCGGAUACCAAUAUGAGUAGAAAAUAUGUGAUUUAACUUUAUCACAUACAUGUAGUCCUCUAUAUAACUAUGUAAACUUUGACGGUGAGAAAUAAAUUGAAAUGUGAUUUGAUUAUGCUUUCUGUGAGUUGGUUCUUUUGAAUGAGUUUGAUUUCUUACUUUCAAUUACAUAUUUUAAUUUUUCAGUAAUUGAAUAUUUAAGACUAUUUUAUAUUAUCAAAUGAGAAUAAUAUAUAAUAUUAUUCUAUAUAAUGAUUACUGUUAAUUAUUCCAUUUACCAAAUUCAUCCGGCCAACAGGCGGGCUCAAAUCUAGUAGACGCUAUUAAAGAUUACUCCAAUGCCUCUAUUGGAUUUGUUUGGACGGGCUUUACGGGAGGAGAGUCAAUUUAGAAUAAUGUGAAAUGCUCGCAUUAUUAAUGGUUGCACUAUGUAAUGCUUUCACAUGUGUAUGGUAUAAUUUGAGAAUCAGUGCAAUAUAGGAUUAGCAUGAGUGUGUUUUAUUGCAUAUAUUGUCAAUAAUGAAGUUGUAUAGGUUCUAUGAAUAGAAUGCUCAUUAUGUUGUGGAAUCCAUUAAUGCUAAUUGACUUCCUUUUAAAUUAAGAAAUGGUGAGGGUAAUAUACUGCCUACUAUUAGAAAUAAUGGAACUCGUGGGGGUGGUGAAUCUGAGUUUAAACCCUUGAAGAAGCAAACAAACCAUAAAUCGCUAGAGGAUUUUGGUUAUGAGUUUGUUAUCUACACCCGAGGAAGAAUCCUACAUGUCUACAAGAAGUUCUAACUUCCUUAAGACGUAAAUGUGUGGGAAAAUCCAUUAUUAAUGAAAUGGAAUCUUUGGAGUCUAGUAAGACUUAGAAACUUGUAAAGUUACCUCUUGGUUGAUAAGGUUUGGGUAAUAUAUCGAUGGAAUCAAUAUUAGAUAGUUUUGGGUUAUCUUAUAGAAUAACAUCCAUAUAUGGUUUGAUUGCAAGUGAUGUAUUAGAUGGAUGUUAAAAUUUCUUUUUGUGAAUGAUGAUUUGGAUAAAGAAAUCUAUAUUAGGACAACCUAAAAGCUUGUUAUUCUUGAACAUGUUUCUGGAGUCUAUGGUUAGGCAAAUCAUGAGGAUUUGUGACAGACUCAGAAACAGUGGCAUGAACAAUCUGGUUCUCCCUCAUGGUUUUAAAAUGAAAGUGACAAGUUCAUUUAGUACAAAUUUGAAAAUGACACUUGCAUUAUGAAUGAAAUGUCGAUCUUUGGUACAAAGACUCGUGAUGUAAAUAUUGUGAAAAAUCAUGUUGUUUGGGAAUUUUGAAUGUAACAGAUCUAGAUGAAGCAAGUGUCAUGCUUAGUGUCGCCGCUGCGGUCAAGGUCUUCGAGCUGGAUUCCUUGAGGACUGCUUUCCGUCUUGCAGGUCACAAGGAGGAGGAGCUGGCGAGCUGGAGGAACACAAUCGGUCUCUUCCUGAGGUCCGGAGGAAGCGGGGCGGCAGCGCCACUGCUAGUGGAGGUGGGAGUGCGCCCUCCGGAGCGUGCUCUGCGGCGACAAACGGGCCAACAGCGGCGCGACCGAGACCCAGGUUUGUGCGAUUGUCACCAACAGAGAUUGAGUAGAAGAGGCGGGAGAGGAAGUGCUUUAACUGCGAUGAGAGGUUUAUCGUUGGGCACAAGUGUGUGAAACUUGAUCUGAUGAUGUUGGUGGGGCGUUGGGAGGACGAGGCUGAAGACGAGACGAAGGAGGCAAGGAAUCAAGACCUGGAGCAUAAGCUAUAGCCUUGAGGGCAAGGUUGUUUCCAUUUUCCAAGGCGGCGGGGAUGUUAGAAACACAUUUAUUGCUUAUUUUUGUCAUUUGAGAUUAUUUAUCGAUUUGAGACGUUUUGAGAUUAUUUAGGAAAUUUUGGAAAUAAUUGGAGAGUAGUUUGUCAUAUCGUAUUAGCGGGGUAUGAGAUAGUUAUUAACAGAACCAAAUUAUCAAACCUACGUCUCCCUUUCCUCUCCCAAAGUUGUGGCAACAACUAUCUCUCUCCCUUUCCUUUGUUCUUCAAUUCUUCUCCUAUUCUAAAUCUCUAGCUAGAUCAAUUCCUAAUUGAUAAUUGAUCUAGAUAAUUUUCUCAAUCCUACACGAAUCUGAAACUUCCUAGGACCUUGUUUCUAACAAUGAUCCAACAUACGUCCCUAAUCAGUAGGAUAAUGAAAUUUCGACAAGGCA